ACACACAGUGGCAGGAUAAUGUUCAUUGCUCGAUAUGUGCAACGACGACGAUGAGAAUAUAGAAGCAUCGUAAGAGAAACACCUGUUGCUCGUAUUCGUCGGAAUAAUGACCCAUCUACUAAAAAAUGUGACGAACAGUAUUUGGCACGCGUUUUACGCGUUGCAAGGUGAUACGCCUGAUCUUGUCGCUAAAUCUAAGUUGAAGGUGUUAACAGCCAACAUCGGUACGUUAAUGGACUUAUAUGGUGUUGAAAAAGGUCUAGAACAUUACCGUAGUACUCAGAGUCUCACUUUUGACCAAUACAUUUUUUAUUUACAAAAGGAGGUUUUCUCAUCUAUUACCGAUGCAACUUCAAUACAAAUACACAGGUCGUUGGAAGAAGGAAUUGAUGAAAUAUGUUGGUUGAUUUGUAAAAGAAUGUAUUUAGAAAGAUCACAUCCAAUAUUUGAACCCAACAGUGUCUAUCAAUUGUUUAGAGUAUUCUGUUUAUUAGCUGAACCAGAAUCAGAUAACACGGAUUUUCAUAUGAUUGCAAUGCAUACAGAUGAAGUUGCUCAAAUUGCUUCUCAUUUGGUAACGUCGUUAGGAUUGCAAUGGGAUGCAGCAGAUUUUUCAGCUUUAUCAGCAGCUAUUGGAACAUUUAGGUUUCCUACAUUCCUGGCAGUUUUGGAAUCCAAAUACAGCGGUGGAAGAACUUCAGAUAACAUAGCAUUGACUGAAGCUAUCGAUGAUCUUUAUCAAAUAUAUAUAGAAAAUGUGAUUAAAAAGGGAUAUUUAAUGAAGAAAGGUUUCUUGCUUCCAACAUUGAAAUAUUUUUGGUUUGUUCUUCGUCCCGGUGAAUUAUUAUAUUUUAAAGAUUCCCAACAAAGGGAACCAUCGGGUUCAAUAAUAUUGAGUACAAAUUGUUGGGCCGAUGCAAUUACUACUGGUGGAAAACCUGACAGAAGAUUCGUGCUAAGUACACCUGAACAUAGGGCUAUCGAAUUAGUUGCAGAUGAUCACAAAGGACGAUUACAAUGGUUGGCAGCAUUACAAAUCGCUAUUCAACAUUCUGGUGAAAAAAUUGGUUAUCAAAGAAGUUUAGCUAAUCAAAGGAGAUCUUUAAGACAAUCAAUGAAACAAGAAAAAGAGAAAACAAGACUGGAAUUGCAAUUUGAAAGGCAAGCUAGAAUUGCAGCUGAAAUUCAAGCUAGAAAAUUGGAAGCAUUGUCGAAAGAGGAAGGAGCUAAGGUUCACGAAUUGGAAGAAGCUAAAUUAAAAUUAGAAAAUCUUUUGCAAGAGGAAAAGCAAGCAUUGAGAGACGAAGAAAUAGUUCGAAAUCUUCAAGCGAGAGUUCUUAGAGAAGAAUGGGAAAGAAGAGAACAAUUAGAAAAAUUACAACAAGAACAACAAGAUUUAUUAGAACUGGAAAAAAUGAAAAGGUUGGAAUUCGAACGUAAACAGCAAGAAAAUGAACAUCAAUUACGAGAUGCAGAAAUGCGAUUACAAAUGUUGGAGGCUGAAAAACAAAGUUUAGAUGCAGAACUUCGUGCAGCUCAACAAAAGGUUAAACGUGCGGAAGAGGCACAGAUUUUAUUGGAAGCGCAAAUUGUUGUUACACGUCCGUUAAAGAGCGGUGAAAAAAUUAGACGUACGCAAAGUUUUAUACCAACUACGAAGGAGAGACCAUUGUCCAUGGAAAAGUUUGAUCAUAGAUCGAUGACCCUGCAAAAUAAUUGUUGAUGAUACAUAUAUGUUAUUACACACUGAAUAAGCAAUAGCAGGAGAUGUUACUAUUUCUAUAAUCGUCUGUAUUAAUUGAAGUGAAAUUCUUUUACCGCAAAGAUAUAAUUAUGAAGAAAAAAAAAAAAA